AUGACUGAUAAAAUUUUCAAGGCCCUUUAUCUUUGGGCUGGAAUAAAUCAGGCCCAUCUUAAAAAUGAAAAAAGAGGUCUGCUUGUUCGAGCAAGCAACCGACCGGUGUCGAAAAAACAACAGAUCUCCCUCUCCGCUCUGCUCUUAGAUCUUCUUUACUGCGAGGAUAACGAAGACAAUUCAAAUCUUGCAAUUCCAACUGAAGUUAUAACUCUAACUCCUGAAACCUUCUCUGACAAGGUGAAGGAGAAAGACACAGCAUGCAAGAAUUUGGGGACGUUGUGGGAAGAGGUAGGGAAGGCGAUGGAAGGGGAAGAUGAAAUAGAGGUUGGAGAAGUUGACUGUGCUGCCAGCAAAUCUAUUUGUUCUAAAGUUGAUAUUCACUCAUAUCCAACAUUUAAGGUCUUUUAUGAUGGAGAAGGAGUUGCUAAAUAUCAAGAUCUUGCUGAGGAAAAGAAAGGGAAUGAAACAAUAAUGAAAAGAAGAUCAAGAACGAUGAAGGAACACUUAGAACAGUUUGUAGUUUUGCAUUUAGCUGGUGGUAUAAAUAGUUCAAAUAAUGAAUAUGUAUUUCCUGAGCUUAACAUGCAAUUAAGAUCUUCACUCAAUCUAAAGAUGCUUGCAGCAUUAGGGCCAAGAGAUGUUGAAUCUCUUAAAGCAUUUGUUUUAGAUGAAGCAGAAAAGGCAGCGGCAAAAGCACAUCUUGACAACGAUAAAGACUUGUGA